GGGUGCGGUCUGGCGCCCGAGGGGAGGGGGCGCGGGGCGCGCACGGGAGCGCGGGCGGCCGGGGGGCGCCCGGGGAGGGGCGGGCGCUGCGGCCUGAGCCGGAAGUGAGGGGUUGGUGGCGGGCGCCGGGGAGCGAGCCGCCGGGCGCGAGCCGGGCUGCCAGCGGGUCGCCGGGCUCUCAGCCCCGCCUUCUGCGUCUUGGCCGGACGCGGCCGCACCUCGGAUCCGCCGCCGCUGGGCGCUGCGGCCGCCCCGCCCGCCGCGCGCUCCCGCCCCCCGCCCCCCGCCAACGCCCGGUCGGUCGGUCGGCCGGUCGGUCAGUCAGCCAGCCAGCCAGCCAGCCAGCCAGCCAGGCAGCCAGGCAGCCACGGAGCGCGCGGCGCGGGAGCUGCGGGCGCUCGCGGGGUCUCCGGGGAAGGAGCGGCGCGCCCGGAGCCGAGUCGGCGGCGGCGGCAGCGGCUGGAGAAGCGCGAGCGGCCGCUCGGGUUAGUCGGGCCGCCCCAGGGGCGAGCGGCUGCCGCGAUGGAGCAGCUGUCAGAUGAAGAAGUUGAUCAUGGUGCCGAAGAAGAUAGUGACAAAGAAGAUCAGGACCUGGACAAAAUGUUUGGAGCCUGGCUAGGGGAACUAGACAAGCUUACUCAGAGUUUGGAUUCUGACAAGCCCACUGAACCAAUAAAAAGAUCACCUCUUCGCCAGGAAACAAACAUGGCCAAUUUUUCUUAUCGUUUCUCCAUAUACAACUUGAAUGAAGCAUUGAAUCAAGGAGAAACUGUGGAUCUCGAUGCCCUGAUGGCCGAUCUUUGCUCCAUAGAGCAGGAGCUCAGCAGUAUUGGUGCAGGAAAUAGUAAGCGUCAAAUCACAGAAACAAAAGUCACUCAGAAAUUACCUUCUAGCCGACACACAUCAAAACAUGGCACCUUGAAAGGAUUGUCUACUUCAUCUAAUAGGAUAACUAAACCUUCACAUGCCAACUACUCUCUGGAUGACAUCACGGCACAGUUAGAACAGGCCUCCUUGAGCAUGGAUGAGGCUGCUCAGCAAUCUCUACUAGAAGAUCCUAAGCCCUUAGUUACUAAUCAGCACAGAAGAACAGCCUCAGCAGGCACAGUGAGCGAUGCUGAAGUUCGCUCUAUUAGUAACUCCUCCCGUUCUAGCAUCACUUCUGCUGCUUCCAGUAUGGAUUCUUUGGAUAUUGACAAAGUAACACGCCCUCAUGAACUGGAUUUGACACAUCAAGGGCAGCCAAUUACUGAGCAUGCUAUUUCUCUGAGAUGUUCCAGCAAGCAGGCCAAACGUCAUAUUGACUUCACAGAAGAACAGGCUGAGCUGACACCUCACUCCUAUCUGGACAGGGAAACCUCCCUUCUUCUGAGAAACAUUGCAGGAAAACCUUCUCAUUUGCUGACCAAGGAAGAACAGGCAGCAAAGUUGAAAGCUGAGAAGAUCAGAGUUGCAUUGGAGAAGAUUAAAGAGGCACAAGUGAAAAAGCUGGUGAUUAGAGUCCACAUGUCUGACGAUAGUUCUAAAACAAUGAUGGUGGAUGAGAGGCAGACAGUGAGACAAGUGCUGGAUAACCUGAUGGACAAAUCUCACUGCGGUUACAGUUUAGACUGGUCAUUGGUGGAAAACAUCUCUGAGUUACAAAUGGAGAGAAUCUUUGAAGAUCAUGAAAACUUGGUUGAAAAUCUUCUAAACUGGACAAGAGAUAGUCAAAACAAACUUCUCUUUAUGGAACGUAUAGAAAAAUAUGCACUUUUCAAAAACCCACAGAAUUACCUUCUUGGAAAAAAAGAAACUGCUGAGAUGGCAGAUAGAAACAAAGAAGUACUGUUGGAGGAAUGUUUUUGUGGCAGUUCUGUCACUGUACCAGAAAUUGAAGGAGUCCUUUGGUUGAAAGACGAUGGCAAAAAGUCCUGGAAAAAACGUUACUUUCUCUUACGAGCAUCUGGUAUCUAUUACGUCCCUAAAGGAAAAGCAAAGGUCUCUCGGGAUCUAAUGUGCUUUCUCCAGCUGGAUCAUGUCAAUGUUUAUUAUGGACAGGACUAUCGAAACAAAUACAAAGCACCUACAGACUAUUGCCUGGUGCUAAAGCACCCGCAGAUUCAGAAGAAAUCUCAGUACAUCAAAUACCUUUGUUGUGAUGAUGUGAGGACACUACACCAGUGGGUCAAUGGCAUUCGAAUUGCAAAGUACGGGAAGCAGCUGUAUAUCAACUAUCAAGAAGCCUUGAAGAGAACAGAAUCAGCUUAUGAUUGGACUUCCUUAUCCAGCUCUAGCAUUAAAUCAGGAUCCAGUUCUUCCAGCAUCCCAGAAUCUCAGUCAAAUCACUCUAAUCAGUCUGAUAGUGGAGUGUCUGACACCCAGCCAGCAGCACACGUCCGUUCCCAGAGCAUUGUGAGUUCCAUAUUCUCUGAAGCCUGGAAGCGAGGGACUCAGCUGGAAGAGUCCAGCAAGGCCAGGAUGGAGUCAAUGAAUCGACCAUACACUUCACUUAUGCCCCCUCUAUCCCCACAACCUAAGCUAGCCACCCCCUACACUGCCUCCCAGCCCUCCCCGCCUCUCCCGCCCCCGCCCCCGCCGCCCCCUCCCCCACCCCCACCGCCACCGCCACCGCCCCCUCUGCCCAGCCAGUCUGCGCCCUCUGCUGGCUCGGCGGCCACCAUGUUCGUCAAGUACAGCACCAUCACCCGGCUGCAGAAUGCGCAGCACUCCGGGCCCCUUUUUAAGCCUCCACCAUCCUUAGGGAUGCAGCCGCAGUCCGUGGCCUCCCAGUCAGGAAAGCCCCAGAUCCUGGUGCCCCCCAGCGGAGUUGUUCCCCCACCCCCUCCGCCACCUCCACCGCCGACCCCGGGCUCUGCGAUGGCACAGCUGAAACCAGCACCUUGCACCCCAUCCCUCCCGCAGUUCAACCCUCCGCCUCCUCCUCUGAAGAUUCAUCACGUUCACCACAUGCCGCAAGCGGCGCCCCCGACACCCCCACCACCUCCUCCCGUCGUCGCGCCCCUCCCCCCGCAGGCCCCCCCCAAGCCCGCGGUGACCGUCCCCACAUCAGCCAGCACCAAGACGGUGCCACCUGUUGCUACACAAGCAGUGCCACCCACACCCACCCCUCCCGCGCCGCCAGCCAAAAAGCAGCCCGCGUUUCCGGUCCCUCACGUCCCGCCCUCCUCCCCUGCGCUGCCCAGCCCAGGGCCCCCACCCACCCUACCGAAGCAGCAGAGCUUCAGUGUGAAGCCGCCGCCCUCCCCGCUGUCCCCGGUGCCCUCGGUGGUGAAGCAGCUCGCCAGCCAGUUUCCGCCCCCGCCAAGCGCUCCUCCCCUGGAGUCGCAACCUUUGAAGCCCUUAGCAGCAAACGUGACCCCACAGUCCCCUCCCGCUGUGAAGGCCAAACCCAAGUGGCAGCCCAGUUCCAUUCCUGCCCCGUCCCCGGACUUCCCGCCGCCUCCUCCCGAGAGCAGCUUAGUGUUUCCUCCCCCUCCACCGCCAGCACCUGUCCCCACCCCUGUCCCCACCCCGCCGCCACCGCCACCGCCACCGGCCACCCCCACAGCUGCUCCAAGCCCGGACAAGAGCGGAUCGCCAGGCAAAAAGACAGGGAAGACGUCCAGCCCCGGCGGGAAGAAGCCUCCCCCAACUCCACAGCGCAACUCCAGCAUGAAGUCCAGCAACUGUGCCGAGCACCCUGAGCCCAAGAGACCCUCAGUAGACAGUCUAGUCAGCAAGUUUGCAUCGCCAGCCGAACCCUCUGGGUCUCCCAGCAAGGAGACCCUGCCACCGCCCGCAGCACCCCCCAAGCCUGGGAAACUGAAUCUUUCUGGGGUUAACUUUCCUGGAGUUCUCCAACAAGGGUGUGUGCCAGCAAAAGCAUCUGUUUUGAGUGGGCGUGGCAAGGAUUCCGUGGUUGAAUUCCCUUCUCCACCAUCGGAUUCCGACUUUCCACCCCCUCCACCUGAAAUAGAGCUUCCUAUGCCUCCUGUGGAGAUUCCUGCUGUGUUCGCAGGAAGCACCUCACCGAAGGUGGCAGUAGUCAAUCCCCAGCCACAACAGUGGUCCAAAACGUCAGUGAAGAAGGCCCCUCCACCCACCCGACCCAAGCGGAAUGAUAGCACCCGCCUCACUCAGGCAGAGAUCUCUGAGCAGCCCGCCAUGGCCACAGUUGCGCCACAAGUGCCCACCUCACCCAAAUCCAGCCUUAGUGUCCAGCCUGGAUUCCUGGCUGACCUCAACCGGACACUGCAGCGGAAGUCCAUCACUCGUCAUGGCUCGCUCUCUUCCUCACGUAUGUCCAGAGCAGAACCCACAGCCACCAUGGAUGAUAUGGCACUGCCACCACCACCCCCUGAACUGCUUUCUGAUCAACAGAAAGCUGGUUUGGGAGGCAGUCAUAUAUCGGGCUAUGCAACAUUGCGGAGAGGACCCCCUCCAGCUCCCCCCAAAAGAGACCAGAACACUAAGCUCUCAAGAGACUGGUAGCUACCCUGGGACUCUCAUUUUUAUGGUAUCUGUAAUUGGUUCUACAAUCAGCUCACCUGAUCACUGAUGAACUCAGGUGUUCAGAGGCUCCUGGUGUGAUGAUGUUAUUCAGGUAGUGUCCAGCUGUAUGUGUAUGUGUGUGUGGACACACAUAGCUAUAGUCUGUGUAUAUAUAUAUAUAUGUAUACAUAUAUGUGUGUAUAUGUGUAUAUAUAUAUAGCUGAUUCUAUUUAUUCCAUUUCUUUCCUGGUCUGAAAAUGGGUUUUGUGUAUUUUGGGUGGAAGAGGCAUGGAAGGGAAUGUAAGUCCUGUCCCUUACAAUUUCUGUUAUUAUGUGGAUUGGAGCAAAAGUUUCUAAGUAAUUUAGAUGGUAUUUUAUACAUGUGUGUCCAUGUGCAGCCUAUCUGUGCAUGUUGUGUAUUAUAUAUUAAGGAAUAGAUGUAUAAUGUGCUGUUUCUCAGUUUGAGAAGACAACCAGAAUCUUUGAUAUAUCAAUGGGCCUUUGUUGUUCUUUUCCCCCCUCACAGCUGGCUUAAGUUUGAGCUGCUUGACUGACAAUUACUAUACAUAAAGGGGCACUUUAAAAUCAGGAAAAAAAAUCAGCUUCAUAGAACGGGUAAAUGGUGGUGUGUGAGAUUUUCAUGGACACUCUUGCUGUAUGUGACUAUAUUCAGAGUAAAUACUUGGUGUAACCCAACAGUUCUCUAGUUGCAGUACUGCUCACUGAUCCUACCGAAUCUAGGAUGUGUUCGCCACAGGUAAGCUCUUGGCCUACAAUCCAUGGAUGUUUCAGUGCUAUAAUCCUGGAUAGUUUUUAUUCUGCCAGAAUCUUUUUCAUGAGCUUUGUGAAGCUUAAUCAAGCUCGGUUUCAAAUUGUUGAUUGUGAAAGAAUACCCAAUACAGUAUCCCUGGAAUGGUCCGUCCCAGUAUGUCUUCAGGUUACCAGUUAUCUUCUUACAGUGUGUGCUUAGGUAGAUAUUGAAGUUAUGUAUUGUAGACAGUUAAUGUAUAAAAUACACACAUCCUUUGUCUAAUAUGGUACAUCAUUACAAAAAAACACUUUCUGAAAUGUGUCUCUGUGUAUCACUACAAGUUUGGGCAACUGAAAAACAAAGUGACAGUUGGGAAGUUGACUCCAUUAGGUUUUAUUUUCCUGUGUGUCUAUGGACAAAAUGUGUAAUACAGAUUGAAUAUGAGACAGGACUGUCAGGCAGGGAAAGGAAGUAAAUGAGGUUUUUGACAAUUCAUCCGUAGCCAACUGCUGCAGUACACUAGGAUCCUAGCUUUUUGUUAAAGAGAUCUGUCCAGGUUAGCAGUUCUGUUGAAAUAGUGUAAUUACAUAUUAUGCAUGUGCAAUUUGGUGUGACAUGGACUCGUUGCUCAGAUGCAAACGUGUAAUUUUAUAUGCCUCAUUAUACUUAUAUAUGCUCCCCCCUUGGUAGAGAAAUGUACUGUCUCAUCAGUUUAUGAUGUUAAACUAAUCAUUAGGAAUACAAGGCUACCUUAGAGCUGCUCAGGGGAAUAAAAGCUAGUCACCCCAGCAAUGAUAAAUGAGCACAUCGUAUAAUGAACAUGUAUGCCUGUUGUAAGGAUUACCAUUACAAACUGUAAAAAUAUUUUGACAAUAUCUCAUAAAGGAAAGGUGAUGACAAUAUAGUGGGGCAGAGAUGAUAAUUCAAGAAUAAGUGAAAGUGGUACCAUAUAUAUGUGUAUAUAUAUAUAUAUACACACACAUAUAUACACACAUAUAUACACACACACACACCAGAUAAGCCACUCCAUGAAAGUAUUUCUUCAUAGAGAGUAAACACUACCUUUCCACUGCUGCAUCUCCAGGAUAUUGCUGAAUAUAAUGUGCUCAUGGAACACAUAAGAUUGUAUACCUGGGCCAGGGACAUAGCUCAGAAGUAGAGGAUUUACCUUGCAUGGAUGAGGCCCUGAGUAUAAUUCCCAGUAUUGGGGGCGGUGGGGAGGAGGGAGCCUUCCUUCUUUAAAAGAUAAACUUUUUAGGUAUUUUUAUUGUUCACAAACUCCUGUGUGCUUGAUAUCAUGUUUAUGAAGUGACCUUUAACACUCUUUCAUUUAAGCAUGCACAGCAACUUGGAUAACUGUUAUGAUACAGAUUGCCAAACUCCACUGUGAUUAUGAGUAAAGUAAUUUCCUGUAAUCUUCCUGCAGCUGUAUAUUCAAAGAAUCACUCUUAUUUGGAAAAUUAGGUGUGGUAAAGAGUUUCUAAAAAAAAUCAAUUCAUAAUUCAUCACUAUGUUGUUUUGGGGCGGUAGGGGUUGGUAGGGGUUUUUUUUUGUAUAAUUUACAUGAAGGGCAACUUCAGCUUUCCUGGAGGGAAAAUGUGUACCCUAAAUCUUGCAUCAUGCUUGAUUUGAAUCCUUAAGAUCGAGUCUUCUGUUUUUCAGAAUGUAAGAUUUCCUGAGACUCCUUGCUUACAUGUCAGUUCUGAUGACAGCCAUUCUUAAACUCCUAGAGUAGCAUUUCCCUUCUAGGAAUAGACUAGGGGCACCAAGAAAAGAACAGGACCAGAGGAGGAAAUGCCCCUAUCCAGUGGCUCCUCUGACAACAGUUUUCCAAAGAUGGAAUGGCGGUUAUUUUUGUUCUGUGUGAAACAAGUUAAUACCCCCCCCCAAAAAAAAAAUGUAACUUAAGAGUGUUUAUUCCCUAAUGGUUUUUUAAUUCGAAUUUUUGUUGGGUUAUAGUUAUGUCUGUUGUUUUUAUUUAUUAUUUUUAUUUUCAGGCUUUUUGUAACUUUUUUUUCCCUGAUGUAUUCAUGGAAAACACUUGUUGCCAGGUGACACUAGUACUGUGCCUUCUCCCACUGCCUCUGCUCUAACCCUACAUGGCUGCUUCUGGUCAUAAGAUUACAGCUGUACUGAAAAACAAGAUGAAUUCAUCCUGCGCUUGAAACAGGUGCCAUUGAAGGCUAGUGCCAGCUUAAUUAUGACACCCUAAUUUUUGGCACCAACUUCGAAGCAGAACCUGUUCUGUUAAUAAUAAACAUUUGGUGUUGAAUUCAUAGGUAAAUUAGACUGUUCUUUACUGAAGUUUUAUCAGGUUCAGUUUUAUUGCUCAAAUAAGGAAAAAAAAAUUUCCUUAGCUGCUCUAAUCUAAUCUCACUUGGGAAAAAUAUUCUAAGGUUUUUACAAUUACCACUUAAUUGUAACUUCAUUUUUUUUAAUUUCUUUAAGAUUGCUGACUAAAGUUACAGGAAAUUUUCUUUACAUAAUUUAAAAAAACAAAAAUAAUAUAUUGUGUUUGUAAUUCUCUAAAAUUGAGGUGCUUUUGCCCAUUGAUGGCAUAUUCUGCAAAGGGCUGUGAACUGUCUUUAAAGUCCCCUCUGUAUGUAAAUUUACUUUACACUGAAAACAAUGCCAAAUUUAACAAAACUUGGUAUGAUUCAUAAUAAUUCCAGGAGAGUGGCAACUCUGAAAUCCAGGUAAUAAGUAAAACGUGCAUCCAUAAUCAGAGUUCCAAAAGCUGCUACUUUGGGAGAAUGUAAUUGCUAUUACGCCUCUGUCAAGGAUGUAAGGAUUUAAGUUAGUCUGAAAAGAAUGUAAGCUAAUAGUUUGGGUUGGAUUUGAUUAUCGAACUACCAAUGAAAGAAUUCUGUCAACAGUUUUUCUUCAGUUAAAGCAGUUUCAUGUUAUAAACACUACGUGAUUUUAAACAACAACAACAAAAACUUUUCAAGUUUUAUACUUCAUUCCCAAAUGUUUUCUUAUACUUUCAGAGCUAACAGAUUAUAAGUGAUAAACUCUCACAGAUUUGAUCAAGUUUAGACCAGUUAAUAGGAUGCUGAGAUUAUAGGUGUUAUGUUCUUGUGUACUCUGAGUAAUAUAUAUAAUUUGGAUAUAUACAGUUGAUGAGAAUGUCUUCUAAAAUCACUUUAGGCUGUAAGUCAUCUAUUGGUACUUUAUGAAUUUUGUCUUAUAUACUUAUAUCACUUAUAUAAAUUAUCUUUGAUCCUGUGAGAACAUAGGACCACUCACAAAGUUGCUAUUUUUGACCCAGAGCGCAAAUAGAUUAAAAUUAAAUAUCCCCAUUAUCUUUUAAGAUUUUCCUUUAAGAUUAAGUCGAACAUUUCUACACUAAACAUCAAACUGAUAAGCACUCAGUUUCUCAAUUGUGCCCUUAGAAGGUCUAUGUGUAAAAGAAAUCUGAAAUUCAACCUGUUAAAUAAAAACGAAAUAAUAUACUUGAUGAACACUUGAAGGAAAAACUUUCCAACUGGUUUGUUUUUUACUUGUUUAAAUUAUAAACCAUUGAGAAGAGGAAGUACUAUCAACUGUAAUCCCCAGUGCCUUGAACUCCUUUGGAGGAAUAGCAUUUAAAAAUCCAACAGGCAAACGUUGAGGUGCUAAUAAUUAUUUCUAGUUUGGACAGAAAAAGGAAAAAUGUCUUACAAGAGAUGGUUUCAUCUGCUUGGAGCCUGGUCACUUUCUACCAAAGAAAUUAGAGAAGUGAGUCAAGUCCGGGUGAUGGUGUCUACUACAUAUUUAAAGUGGCUCGGUUGAGAAGCGGGUACAUUGACCAGGGAUGGUGUUCAUGCCAAGUUUGUGAUGGUGGAAGCCUCAGCCUCUUAGGCAGAACAUGCUUUUGCAGCACUUAACAAAAAAGAUCUCUGCAUUUUGGGAAUUGUCCAUUGUUUGUUAAAUUAAUUGUAACUAAAUACCAAAUACUGCCAUUUUCCAUGACUCCCACCUGUAUUUUUUUUUCCUUGUAAAUAAUCCCUACUAGAAAGUAACCAUUAACUGGAAUGUUUCAAAUGACUUUAAUUUUAUUAUGAGCCACUACUGAAUUCAUUUUUUAGAAAUGUACAUUUAAAGUAAACAUCAGAACCAGGGAUGUGGCUCACUGGUAGAGCACAUGCCUUGCAUGUGUAAGGUUCUGGGUGUGAUCCCCAGCACCUUAAAAAAAUUCACUUCUUGUGCUAAAUGUUGUAAAAACAUUGUUUACUGUUUUAAAGAAAAAUUGCACAUUUAAAUGGGAUUGCUCCCUCUCAUCCCAUUUCUUAAAUAAAUGGGGUCAAGGCUCACACUGACAUAUAGACUGUGGGAGCUUUGAGUAAGUAAAAUAGAUACAGUGUAGAAUAUACUUUUUUAAAGCAUGAAUAAGGCAAAAGGAACUAUAUCAUAAAGUACCUGAUAGAGGACAUUAUUCAGAUGAUUAUGCACAGUUCAGUAAAGAUGAAGUCAAAAACCUUCUUUUAGCUCUGUUGAUAUUUCUUCUGCUUAAAUGUAUGCUCUCAUUUCAUUAUGUGCCUUGCUCCCUGAUUGUGCAAACCUUACAUAGAUAUAUAUAUAUAUAUAAGUAUAUGAUAUGAGAGAGAUAUAUUCAGUACUACUGACGAUGCUUUGGUUCUGCUGCUGGAUUAAGUUAUUUUCUAAGUUACUCUUGCCAGUUACUGUCAGUAAACUGUUGUAAUAGCUUUAGGACAGUAGUCACAGUCAAGCGUAAAUUUGUUUUCAGUUACAUGUUUUCAUUAUGUCAGCUUACACAAUCCUUAAUAAAAAUACAUAGAUUUCAUUUAAA